GGGAGUCAGAGGAGGAGGACACAGGUUUCCUGGAGGUCACUGUCUCUGACAUGAAGCACCCACCACCAGAGCUGGGCCCCAUGCCUGAGGGGCUGAGCCCACAGCAGGUGGUCCGGCGGCACAUCCUGGGCUCCAUCGUGCAGAGCGAGCGGAGCUACGUGGAUUCCCUGAAACGCAUCCUGCAGGAUUACAGGAACCCGCUGAUGGAGAUGGAGCCGAAGGUGCUGAGCGCUAGGAAGUGCCAGGUGGUGUUUUUCCGGCUGAAGGAGAUCCUGCAGUGCCACUCCAUGUUCCAGAUCGCCCUCGCCUCCCGCGUGGCCGAGUGGGACUCAGCAGAGAAGAUCGGGGACCUCUUCGUGGCCUCGUUCUCCAAGUCAAUGGUGCUGGAUGUCUACAGCGACUACGUCAACAACUUCACCACUGCCAUGUCCCUCAUCAAGAAGGCUUGUCUCACCAAACCUGCCUUCCUCGACUUCCUCAAGAAGAGGCAGAUGGCCAGUGCUGAUCGAGUCACGCUCUACGGGCUGAUGGUGAAGCCCAUCCAGAGGUUCCCCCAGUUCAUCCUGCUCCUGCAGGACAUGCUGAAGAACACCCCUAAGGGCCAUGCAGACCGUCUGUCCCUCCAGUUGGCCCUCACCGAGCUGGAGACAUUGGCAGAGAAGCUCAACGAGCAGAAACGCUUGGCUGACCAAGUCACUGAAAUCCAACAGCUCAGCAAGAGCAUCAGUGACCGCAGCAGCCUCAACAAGCUGCUGAGCUCGGGGCAGCGACAGCUCCUGCUCUGCGAGACAUUGACGGAGACGGUGUACGGCGACCGGGGGCAGCUCAUCAAGUCGAAGGAACGGAAGGUUUUCCUCCUCAAUGACAUGCUGGUCUGUGCCAACAUCAACUUCAAGCCGGUGAACCCAGGAGGCCAGCUGGAAAUUAGCAGCCUGGUGCCCUUGGGUCCCAAAUACGUGGUGAAGUGGAGCACGGCCCUCCCGCAGGUGCAGGUGGUGGAGGUGGGACAGGAGAGCGGUGCCUACGACAAGGACAACGUUGUCAUCCACAACGCUGGUGCUAAGAAGCACGCGCCAACUGGGCAGGCUUCACACAAUAAAGUCUACCUGGGGCCACCACGGCUCUUCCAGGAGCUUCAGGACCUGCAGAAGGACCUGGCAGUGGUGGAGCAGAUCACUCUUCUCAUCAGCACCUUGCAUGGCACCUACCAGAACCUGAACAUGACAGUUGCCCAGGACUGGUGCUUGGCUCUGCAGAGGAUGAUGAAGGUGAAGGAGGAGGAGAUCCACUCUGCCAACAAAUGCCGCCUCCGUCUCCUGCUGCCUGGGAAGCCGGACAAGUCUGGCCGCCCCAUCAGCGUCAUGGUGGUCUUCAUCACUCCAAACCCCCUGAGCAAGAUCUCCUGGGUGAACCGCCUGCACUUGGCCAAGAUAGGACUGCGGGAGGAGAACCAGCCGGGCUGGCUCUGUCCCGAUGAAGACAAGAAGAGCAAAGCUCCUUUCUGGUGCCCCAUCCUCUCCUGCCACAUGCCUGCCUUCUCCUCCAAGGCCCUUGAUCUACAGCUCGGCGCUGCUGUGCACAACCCUGUGCAAUCCUCACUGUUGGGCUUCUCCGCUGUCAGCACUUCGUUGCCACAAGGCUACCUCUGG